AUGAAAAAAACAAAUUUGAAGAUAAAUGCCACUACUUCAAUUUAAAAAAGACAAAAUAAAGAAAACACUAUAAAAUCUCCUCGGAAAGCUAUUUCCCCUAAAAACUUUAGAUAAAAAUUAACUUGUCCAGAUUUGUGGGAUAACAUUGAAAAAUAAUAAAUUACUUCUGAAACAUUAUUUUAACAAAUAUUUCCUAAUCCUAAUAGGAAGAGGUUAACUUACUUUUAGUUUGAUUAAAUCUAAUUUUUGAGUGCAGAAAAAAAAGAAAUCUUUGAAUUAUUGUAAUAGGAUGACUGGAUUGAAUAUAAUAGAGCUGGUAAAAUUCUGGGAGAAAAAUAUGGAUUCGAGUAAAGUCAAUUAAAGCAAUGGUUCGAUGAAUAUUAAGUGAAUUAAACUAUUAGGAAAGAAGACUUACUGAAAAAAUACAAGGAAAAGAGUAAUUUAAUAAACAAGUAUAUUGUUAUUUUAAUUAUAAGAUUAUUUGAAGAAGUUGAUUUUAAUAAUAAGUAAGAAUUAUCCUAUUGGGAUAUAUAUAUCCAUAAAGAUAUUUAUGUGCUCAAAUAAAUUAUUCCGCUAUGA